UGCAAAUUGAAAUAAUAAAAUUGCAAGUUUUGAAAUUAAUUUCAUUUUUUGUCUUCCUAUUGAUAAUAUUGGUUCCGAUGAAAACAGUUUUGUAUUUAUUUUGCGAAUUCGUGCUGUGUGUAAAUACUUAUACAUCACCUUUAUCAAUAUCCGAGGAAAAGGCUAUACCAAAACGUAUCCAUCAGGUAUUUUUCUUUGAAACGAGUUCAACUCUACCAAACGAAUUCAUGAAGAGUCAACAAACAUGCCAAAAACACCAUUCAUCCUAUAUGUACACGCUAUGGAAUAAAACAAUGAUAAAUGAUCUUAUCGAGAAAGAGUAUCCGGAAUUUAAGCAGAUAUAUGACAGCUAUGAUCAUUGGGUAAAACGUGUUGAUGCUGGAAGAUACCUUGUGCUGCAUCACUAUGGUGGCUGGUACAUCGACAUUGAUAUCGUUUGUAAACGGAGUGUUGACGAAUUGUCUGCUGAAGCCAGAGCCAAAAACGCAAGCGUCGUUGUUUAUAAAACUAAACCUGUCGGCUUUACAAAUGCCGUGAUCGGAAUAAGCAGGCAGCAUCAAUAUCUUAAUGACGUCAUAGUUGCAUUACGUCAUUCAAAGAGAUGGUAUUUCAUUCCGUAUCUGUCUACAAUGUUUACAACCGGUGAGUCAUUUUAAUUUUUCAGGAUUGACACAUUUUUAGUUUAAAUCAGAUAACGAAUAACUGUUAUCUAUUAUAACACCCUCGCUAAUGUGUCACAAAACAUAGUUUUGGUGCGAGUGGGUGUUAGAGCCAUAUAGGAAUCAAUAUUUUCCGUCCUGUCUGAAUUAUAAUUUGAAGCUUGAAAGAUCAAUGCAAUAUCACAAUGAAUGAUAACUUGUUAUGUUAUGUAACUCUCUAAACUGACAUAAUCAUGCCCCUUUUUAACUCCUAAAAUAUCCCAAAAAUGUAGCUACCUAAGUGGCUAUAUACUCAGUAUAGCUUUAUGGUAAAUGCAAUGUUUUUUUUUAUACUUAAACAUAACAAUCCUUUGGAAUAUUCCAUUACAUUGACGAGACUGGCCUUGAGCUUGAGUCAUAAAUGACCUUGACCUACAAUGUCAAAUUAUUGAAUUUUACCUUUUUCUUUUAUUUUGCUAUAUAACUGGCUAUUAGGUUGUUAUUUAUGAAUGGGUUGUCUUCAUAUUAAGACACAAUAAAUAUCUUUUAGGACAAGACCAGUAUAUUAAA